ACACGAAGAAGGUGAACACGGAAGGAGAGGAUAAACUUUAAAAAGCGUGGAAUAAAGAGUUUCACGUUGCAGACUGAACCACAUUAACAAUUUCAUUAUGGGCCUGUGUGAUGGUUUAUCCCACUGUAAACUGGCUCUGGCCUUUGCUGUGUUGAUGGAUUUACUGGGUGGAGCGGCCCUGCUGGUGGGAGUCUUCGCCCCUGUGGAGGUCAAAGGACAAGACUUUGGAGACUUGCUGGUCUAUACUGGAGCCCUGUUCGUGCUGAUGUCGCUGGGCGGAUGGGUGCUCUGGUACAGCGGGAACAUCGAGGGCCUGACGUCCAAGAGGGAGCUGGGACACAUCGGCAGCGCCGUCGACCGUCUGGCUCGCAACCUCAGCCGCAAGAUCCGCACUUACAGGAGCCACCACUGACAAUCCUAAACGUCCGGUGAUGCCUGUGUUUGUCAGUAUUAAUGUUAGAUACAGACAAUCGGUGAAACCACAUGUAACACUGAAAUACGCUGAGUGUUACAAGCAUAUCAGAAACAUUUCAUAAUAGAUUUGCACCUGCUGUUCUGUUACAUACUGUCGUCAUGAUGUUUUAUUAUGAUUUGUAUUUUUAUUUUUUAUAGUGUUUUAGAUGUGAUUAUCAUUCAGUGACGCUGUGAUCUCCUGUUAGAUUUCAAUAAAGGACUUUUUUACACAUUAAAAA